AUGAGCCGGCCUAGCCGGCUGCAGAGACAAGUUCUUAGCCUGUACCGCGAGCUCCUGCGCGCCGGGCGCGGAAAGCCGGGCGCUGAGGCUAGGGUGCGCGCCGAGUUCCGACAACACGCCAGUCUGCCACGCUCCGACGUGCUGCGCAUCGAGUACUUGUAUCGCCGUGGACGGCGCCAGCUCCAGCUGCUACGCUCGGGCCACGCCAAAGCUAUGGGCGCCUUCAUACGUCCUUCCGGAGAGCCUGGCGAUGUGGACACCCUGCCCGACGACAGUAACAAUCCAAGGAGGCUGCCCGAAGGCGCCAGGGCACCGGAGACACCGCCUAAUGGACGGUGA